AUGGGAAAGAGGCUGCUGCACGACCUGGAGUUUGUCGGCCUGCUAAGCCUGGUUGUGUUUGCGACAGCAGCAUCAGCAGCAGAAUCCAAUAGUACUGGAGUUGGUCACAACGAUCAUGUCGUCAGUGACACCCGCCAAAUCACCGCUGCCAUUCUCCCCAAGCCAUUCGCUCUACUUUCCGUGAUUUGUUCCUAUGUCAUGAUACGAGAGGUAGUGGAAGACCAGAGAUCCGCUCGCCAUAAUGGAUCUCCCAUCAAAAGAGUGUUGCUUUCCAUGGCCAUUGCCGAUGUUUCAUUCAGCAUCGGGUACUUUCUAGGCACGUGGCCUGCGCCACCCGACAUGCCUGACAGUACCAUCAUGAAUUAUGGCACGGUGGCAUCUUGUGAAUUUCAGGGAUUCAUCAUUUUACUUGGGUAUGUGGCAUCUAUACUUGGUGGGGCUGCCCUUUCCGUCUACUAUUUGCUAGUAGUUCGCCUUGGCAAGAGUGAUCGAGAUUUGCAUCGCAUAGAGCGUUGGGUUUUGCCCUCCAUUUGGAUUGUGGCAUUAGGGUGGGCCAUAUACCCCAUCCCGUUGGAUCUUUACAAUUUCGGAUUGGAGGUUUGCUUCCUGGAAUCCGUACCAGAGAUUUGCUCUGGAGACGAGUGUAUCCGGGGAUCCGACACCACAUUCCACCAACUCGCGCUUGCUUUGCUACCAAUAUUAUCCAUGUGCCUGAGUGUGGGAAUCAUGAUUGCAAUUUAUGUAAAGGUGAGGUAUGUCGAGAAUAUGAGCAAGAAAUACGCCACAUCCAUACACAACCCAAGCAGUGGUCACCACAUGUCAGCUAGAUCGUCCAUUGACAGCCACACACAACACAGCAACCAUGCUCAAUCGGAGCGCCACUCCGCGGUAAAUCGACAGAAGUCGCUUGCUGUGGCCAGACAAGGCAUGUUCUAUAUCCUCGCCUUCUUGUUGACCUACUUCUUUCCAUUAGUUGCCGCAGUACGAUAUGCAAUCUUUGGAACGUGGAACGAUGUCUUUGAUGAUUUUGCAUAUGGAAUAUUUGUACCAUCUGCCGGUACACUCAACUUUUUGGUAUUUGCACGACUACGAAGCCCCAUGAAAACACCCGAAGGUCGGGUCUUGCGAAGCAUGUUCUGUUGCACCUGUUUGCGAUCGAUGAGAAACGACUAUACUCCAGGAAGAGCCUCGGGACAUCGUGGAACAAAGGGAAGUUCCCAGCAUCACGGGAGAAAUGGCACUAAUGUCUCGGCACUCCAAGAGGAAUGCAAGGAGGAAGAGUCUCCACCUUGA